AUGGAUGAGGGGCCCGAACCGAUGAAAGAUUUGAAACCAGCUCCGAAAAACCCGAAUAGCGCUGAUCAGUUCCGUGAUGCUCAUGAAGCGGAAUACGAGGCAAGGGCUCAAGCGAGUGCUGAUAAAGUGGAUAAGGUCUUACAGCAUAACAUGGCUUAUCCUAAGCUCGUUGACGAACUGGAUAAGCGAAAAUCUGUCAUCCAGAUCAAUCCGAACAAAACCCGUAAUUCUAAUCCGAAAUGCAUCGCCUGCGAUAAAUUGCGGCAAUUGGCUAAACUGCAAAAGCUUAAAAUAAAACCUAGAUGUUGUAAGCCUAAGCCUCGCAGGCGCAGUGUAUCUAGAAAAAGGAGAAAAAGACCUCGGACUAAAAAAGCUAAGAAUAAAAAAGUGACAAUACAAAAAACUCGACGUAACUACGGCGAUGCUUAUACAAGCAAUAUAAUGAAAUAUUUCAACAUCCAAUCCCGGAAUGGUAGAAGGAAAGUGCUUAGAUCCCGUGGAGUUGAAAUUAAUGAUAAUACUAGUCAAACAGAUAGCGUAGCGAAUACUUUAAAGUAUCCCGACACAAGUGAACCUUCUAUCAGCAGCUAUAAUAGCUACCCAUCUUUAGACCAUGAACCUUUGGAGAAAUAUAUGGAACCC